AUUGAUAGAGGAGUAAAAUCAUCUGCCCGACUAAAACCCUAAUAAAUCUCCAAACAUUUUCUCGCUCCCCAAAAACUCUACAGAGCCUCGCAAGAACCCUAAUAUUGCUACAUAAAUUUUGUUUUCCCUUCCAUAAACGAAUCAUGGCGCCUAAUCUCGAGUGCCGCAUGUACGAGGCGAGGUACCCGGAGGUGGAUAUGGCGGUGAUGAUCCAGGUCAAGCACAUCGCCGAUAUGGGGGCCUACGUCUCACUCCUUGAGUACAACAACAUCGAGGGAAUGAUCCUCUUCUCCGAGCUCUCGCGUCGCCGCAUUCGUAGCGUGAGCAGUUUAAUUAAGGUUGGCCGCAUCGAGCCCGUCAUGGUCCUCCGUGUCGACAAGGAGAAGGGCUACAUCGACUUGAGCAAGAGAAGAGUCAGUGACGAGGAUAUCCAGACCUGUGAAGAGAGGUACAAUAAAAGCAAGCUUGUCCACUCUAUCAUGCGUCAUGUGGCCGAGACCAUGAAUAUUGAUUUAGAGGAUUUGUAUAUUCAUGUUGGGUGGCCUUUGUACCGAAAAUUUGGUCAUGCUUUUGAGGCAUUCAAAACAAUUGUUACAGAUCCUGAUUCAGUUUUGAAUUCCCUUACCCGUGAAGUCAAAGAAAUUGGCCCUGAUGGACAGGAGGUGACUAAGGUGGUCCCUGCUAUGACAGAAGAGGUGAAAGAUGCAUUGAUAAAGAAUAUUAGGCGAAGGAUGACCCCGCAGCCCUUGAAGAUUCGGGCUGAUAUUGAGAUGAAAUGUUUCCAAUUUGAUGGCGUCCUUCACAUUAAGGAAGCCAUGCGCAAAGCGGAAGCUGCUGGCAAUGAUGACUGUCCGGUGAAGAUUAAACUGGUUGCCCCUCCACUUUAUGUUCUUACAACUCAGACCCUUGAUAAGGAGCAAGGUAUAGCAAUUCUCACUAAAGCAGUUGAGGCCUGCACUGAAUCAAUAGAGAAGCAGAAGGGAAAGCUUACCGUAAAGGAGCAACCUAGAGCAGUGAGUGAACGGGAUGAUAGGCUGCUCGCUGAGUACAUGGCUAACAUGCAUAAUGACAAUGAGGAGAAAAGUGGUGAUGAAGAUAGUGAAGAGGAGGAAGACACUGGUAUGGGAGAAGUUGACAUAGAAAAUCCUGGCAUAACAGCGUGAAAAGUGGCACAGGCAGUGCGACUUUCUUCUCCCUUCAUGAACAAGCUUUUUUGCGGGUGUAAAGAACCAAUUUGGAAGUAUUCUUGAGUUCUUUUUACCAGUUUAUGAAAUACUAAUCUGAUUCUGAGAGAAUACCAAAUCCUAGUUGUUUACUAUUUAUAAUUCUACCCUGCUGCUAUUUGAACUUUGAAGAGUCUCUCUGAGUUGAGCCAAAGCUAUGUUGAGUGUUCGGUAA